AUCACGAGACCGUUGUGAAACCUCGCCCCGUGACGCGGAAGCCAAACACACAAACUAGAGUGAAAUAGCGAAACAAGUUCAAUACAUGCUACCUGUUGAUGAACCUGGAGUGUUUUAAUGAUGGCGAUGUGUGUUAACAAGAGCGUGUUUCUCCUCUUGGUAUCAGUCCUAUGCCUGGCAGAUGGGUACACUCCUGGGGUUUACUAUUUUGACACCGAGUGCAGUAGCGGGUCGACAAGCACGACACUUAGGAUUUCUAAUGACAUGCGCCUCAAGCUGUCGCGUUCGUCUUUCUCUCUGAAAAGAAACUGGAAUUGUCAACUCAACAUCGCAACCUCGAGACUAGGGGACGAGCUGCUUAUCCAGUUCCGAGAUUUUGUCACGGAUUACAGCAGCAGGUGCAGCGAGAACAGUCUGCAGAUCUUAAACCAAGACCAUUCUCCUAUCACAGGCUUGAUCUGUGGACACCUCACCCCUCUGAAUGAUUAUGAGACACGAGGUGGAAUGGCUCGGUUUCAGUUCAGCACCGACAACACGAUCCAGUACGGUCAGUUUGACGUACUGAUCACCAGCUUCACCAGAGGAACCAACGCCACGUGUCCUGGGUCACGAUUUCACUGCACCAACGGUCGUUGCGUGAACUACGCUGUCACGUGUAACGGCUACGACGACUGCGGUGACGACUCUGAUGAACUACGAGGAUGUGGUCUCACGGUGGGCGCGUUGGCGGGAAUAGUCAUCGCAGCUAUCUUCGUCUUUACGCUAGUCCUCAUCGCUCUUAUCAUUGUAAGAAGACGGCGAUUUAAGUACUCCCAUUUUGGAGGGACUGUGGUUCAGACAUCUCACCCACCCCCUUCGUAUCAGACGUAUGGCAAAUAGUGAAAAAGGGGAAAACAUUUGUACAUAUAAUAUAUAUAUAUAUUUCACGAUGUGUAUUAUAUAUGUCCGGGUAGGUGUUUAAAAUAACAAACAACCUUAUAACAUUAAACUGUUGUGUUUA